UCUGCUCUUAUACCAUUCACAACAUUGGUAACCGCAAUACUCGAAAGUACAAUUACACUGGAAUUUUUCAAUUUACAUCAUUAUAUUUGUCUUUAAUUAGAAAAGAUAUAUAAUUGAAAUUUGAUAAUUGUUGACACAUUUAAUAUUGUGUCAAUUUUAUCAUUAUAAAUUGUUAUUGUUGAAAAAGUAUAUAAAUAUCAAGAGAAUAUAAAUUUACAUUGUGAAAAAUUCAAGGAAAUUCUACACGAAAAUCUCAGUGAAAGUUAUAUUCUCGCAUGUUCAUCGAAAAAAAUAAUUGGAUUCGAUCGGAUCGGAUCGUUUUAGCAAGAAUUUUACUUGUCUGCGGUAAAAUUGAAAUAAUUUUGUGAAAAAUAAUAUAUAAUGGGCCUACUGUCUGAGGGUAGUCCACUCAGCUGGGAAGAAACAAAAAAUCUUGCUGAUCACGUGAGAAAGCAUGGAGUUAUUCAAUUUAUUAACCUAUACAAAAGACUUCGCGAUAGACAAGGUGACGUUCUCAAAUGGGGUGAUGAGGUCGAGUAUAUUUUAGUGAAAUUCGAUGAUGAAGCAAAAACAGCAAAAGUUUCAUUACGAGCACAAGAAGUACUUGAUCAACUUACUGAAGAAGAGCGAAAAAAUCCAAACAAAGUCAAAUCUCUUUGGCGGCCAGAAUAUGGAGCUUAUAUGAUUGAAGGAACUCCAGGAAAACCUUAUGGAGGACUGCUAGCACAUUUUAAUGUCGUCGAGGCAAAUAUGCAGUACAGAAGGCAAGAAGCAGCAAAAUUACUUCUACCCGGCGAGGUUUUAAUGAAAAUAACAAACUUCCCCAGAUUGGGCUCACCUGAUUUCACUGAUCCACCUGCACAACCAACACCUAAUUCAGGAGCAUCAAGAAGCUUAUUUUUCCCCGAUGAAGCAAUUUUUGGUGGUCAUCCACGAUUUAAAACUCUCACAAGAAAUAUUCGUCAUAGAAGAGGAGAAAAAGUUGCUAUUAACAUUCCGAUUUACAAGGAUGAAAAUGUUCCUACGCCAUUUAAGGAAAAUUUAGCUGCAUUAGGCGAUGAUGGUUCAAGUGAGAAAGCAGCAAAAGAAGAUCACAUUUACAUGGAUGCUAUGGGAUUUGGAAUGGGCUGUUGUUGUUUACAAUUAACAUUUCAAGCUUGUAACAUUCAAGAAGCUCGAACAUUAUAUGAUCAACUUACUCCACUUUGUCCCAUUAUGUUGGCAUUAACUGCAGCGUCGCCGUUUUAUCGCGGUUACAUAACGGAAGUGGAUUCAAGAUGGAAUGUAAUAUCCUGCUCCGUUGAUUGUCGUACCCAAGAAGAACGUGGAUUUAAAUCGUUGAAGGAGAAUAAAUUUAGAAUUAGUAAAUCCCGAUACGAUUCCAUUGAUUCUUAUCUUAGUGAACAGGGGGAAAAUUAUAAUGAUGUGCCUUUAACUUAUGACAACGAGAUUUACAAGCAAUUAUUGGAAAAUGGAAUCGACAAAUUACUUGCACAACACGUAGCACAUUUAUUUAUUAGAGACACGGUUUCUCUUUUUUCAGAAAAAGUCUAUCAAAAUGAUUUAGAAGACACCGAUCACUUUGAGAAUAUUCAGUCGACAAAUUGGCAAACGAUGCGUUUUAAACCGCCACCGCCAAAUUCUUCAAUUGGAUGGAGAGUUGAAUUUCGACCAUGUGAAGUGCAAAUAACUGAUUUUGAAAAUGCAGCUAUUGUUUGUUUUGUUGUACUCUUGACGAGAGUGAUUUUAAGUUACAAACUCAAUUUAUUGAUUCCAAUUAGUAAAGUCGAUGAGAAUAUGAUUAAAGCGCAAAAAAGAGACGCUGUGAAAAAUGAGAAAUUUUGGUUCCGUCGUGAUAUUGUUUCGAGUAAACAAGAUGAAAACAAUAAAGAAGAGUACACAGAAUUUACAAUCAAUGAAAUUAUCAAUGGAAAAGAGGGAAUAUUUCCUGGAUUGAUUCCUUUGGUAAAUUCUUAUCUCGCGAGUAUGGAUACGGAUGCUGACACACAUUGUACAGUUCAAAGAUACUUGAAAUUGAUACAAAGGCGAGCUUCUGGAGAGCUUUUAACCACUGCUGCCUGGCUUCGAAAAGAAGUCACCACUCAUCCCGAGUAUAAAAAAGACUCGAAAAUCACUCAACUUAUCAAUUACGAUUUGCUCAAAAAAGUGCACGACAUUGAAAGCAACAAAUUAUCAUGUCCGGAAUUACUUGGACCUUGUAUUACAUCUAAAACCACUGAGAGUGUUCCAACGGCAGUAGCGAAAGCCGAAAUGUGUUGUAAUUGAGUCACGUAUUAAUUAGAGUAGCAAAUUUUUUGAAUUGUGUAUAAUUAUUUUUAAAAAAAAAUGAAAUACCACAAAUUGUACUUAUUCAGUAUAUAUAUAUAUAUAUAUAUAUAAAUAACGAACGGGUGCUUCUUCAUACUUUAUUAAUCUAUAGUAAAUUAUAAUUGAAUCUGUAAAGAACAUUCCAUAUUUAUCAAUAUUUAUAAUUGUAAAAAGUGAAAGAGUCCCCCGUUAAAAUGAUUAUUAUUCGAAAACAGAGGUUGUUAGUGAUAAUUGAAUUAUUAUUAAUAAAAAAAGGUUCUUGUAUUUGUAAAUUAA